UCUAAGCCGUUCUAAGACCUGUCAAUCUGAGAAGUUUUAUUACCUUUGCCUAAUUCAAUUACGGCGAUCACUUGCCAUCCGCAACUAUCGUUCUUAGCUCUAUAAAUAUGAUACAACGAUACGAUGGCCAGAUUGAGUCGCUCAGUACCCUCGAUCUCAGAUAGUGAGACCAGUGCCGAAGAGUUUUAACUACAUUCGAUUCCAACGAGUCUGUGCGUGUGUUUGCGUCUCACUCCUCCUCCGAACGAACUGCACCAUCGCCAUGAUGGACCAUAGACCAGUGGGCAUCUUCGGUCCAAAAAGCCCACAAGCACUGACCUGGACGAUCUCGGUGGCAAAUUUGACCGUGGUGGACAAAGUGCCCCCAGAGAUGCUCCAUCUCGUUGACACGUACUGGUAUCAGUUUCCGCCGUUGGAGACAAAGUGGCACGCGGCACUGGCCACCACCAUUGGACUGCUGGCGCUCAUCUCCAUCGUGGGAAACGGAUGCGUAAUUUUGAUCUUCUCCUCCACCAAAGGCCUCCGCACGCCAUCGAACCUGAUGGUGAUCAAUCUGGCUUUCGCCGAUUUCAUGAUGAUGUUUACGAUGGCGCCACCGCUAAUCAUUAACUCCUACCACGAGACGUGGGUGUUCGGUCCGCUCAUGUGCGAAAUCUACGGAAUGUUCGGCUCACUGUCGGGCUGCGUUUCCAUCUGGAGCAUGACGAUGAUCGCCUUCGAUCGGUACACCGUGAUCGUGAAGGGCUUGUCCGCCAAACCGCUCACGUACGUCGGUUCGGUGAUGCGCAUCCUGUUCGUUUGGGCCAACUCGCUUGUCUGGACGCUGGCUCCACUGUUUGGCUGGAAUCGCUACGUGCCGGAAGGCAACAUGAGUGCUUGCGGCACGGACUAUCUCUCGAAGGAUUGGAUCAGCGUGUCCUACAUCUACGCGUAUUCCGUGUUCGUCUACUGGUUGCCACUGCUGCUCAUCAUCUACUGCUAUACCUACAUUCUAAAGGCUGUGUCUGCCCACGAACGAAACAUGCGGGAGCAAGCGAAAAAAAUGAAUGUGGCCUCGCUGCGGUCAUCGGAUGCGUCCAAAACGAAUGCAGAAAUUAAGCUGGCCAAAGUGGCGCUCGUCACCAUCACGCUCUGGUUCAUGGCCUGGACACCGUAUCUCGUCAUUAACUACGCCGGCAUAAUCGAUUCCAGCCCCAUCAGCCCGCUCCAAACGAUUUGGGGCUCGGUAUUUGCCAAAGCGAAUGCCGUCUACAAUCCGAUAGUGUACGGCAUUAGUCAUCCCAAAUAUAGGGCCGCUCUGUACAAGCGCUUCCCUGCGCUGCAACUGCGUAAGGAGAACGCUACCGACCAGAACUCCGUAGCCUCCUGUACGACUGCUGCCGAUCAAUGCGAAACCUAAGCCAAUCUCUGGCAGGUCAGUGGAAAGAAGGCCACCAGCAUCAUCAUGGCUGGGAAUGGUCAGCGAAAUAAAAUUCUUAAAUUGUUUGAAAUUCAUUGUGAUAAUGUUGUGAACAUGCAGUAUUUACAAGCACUACGCUAAAAUUUGACAAAUAAAUUACAUAAAAUUCAUGUGUUCUACACCGCGA